AUGCAUGUUGAGCUGUAUGAGAGAAAGCGGUUCAACCGUGUUGUCGGGUUCCUGUACACAAUCGCCAUCGCAGCCUUGAUUAUGGGACCAGUAUUGGUCCUCUAUCGGCUGCGGCACCUGGAUGGGUACGCGCAGAACUCGUUGGCAUUUGCGUUCACAAUCGUCUUUGCCUUGCUUUGUUCCACGGCCACUGCAGCGAAACAACACGAGAUAUUCGCUGUUACUGCGGCGUAA